AUGGACGAGUCGCAAGAUCUCGAGUGCUGCGCAUCGUUUGGGUCCCCGAGAAAUCACUAUGCGGGCGUCGCGGGGGCCGGUGACGGUGAGGCAGUUGAUGGCGGUGAGACGAGGAAGCUCACAACAAGCAUGGCGGCGAGGAAGCAAGGCGGCGAGGCAAGGGCUAAGAAGCAAGGCGACGACUCGGACGAGGCGAGGGCAGCGAGGAAGCAUCAGGCAGAGCUUCGGGAUCGUCAGGCCCAGGGCGCGCGUUGGCGUAAAGUUCAUUUUGCUCAAGAGAUCCGCGCCGAGUGA